AUGUCAGCAUCUAUCCUGUACACGGCCGUGAUUCGGGGCAAAGUGGCGCUGCCGUGCGACAUCACUCCGCCGUCCGCGGACGACACGGUGGCGCUGGUGCUGUGGUACAAGGACGAAGGCCCCGCGCCCAUCUACACUCUGGACGCCCGGCGCGGUCACGUGGACCAGGCGCGCCAAUCGGCCGUGAGCGAGCUGGGCGCCCGAGCGUACUUCAACAUGAUGAACCGACCCGCCUUCCUGCAGCUCGAUCCCGUCGAGGAAGAAGACGCCGGGGAGUAUCGCUGUCGCGUCGACUUCCGCAAGGCACGCUCAGUGAACACCGUCAUCAACCUCAAGGUCAUCGUGCCUCCUGGCGAUCCUGUUAUCUUGGAUGAAGAUGGAAAACAGCUGCAAGGCCUGGUGGGGCCGUACAACGAAGGAGACCCGCUCACGCUGACGUGCCAAGUGGAAGUUGGUAAACCUCGGCCGGCCGUUACCUGGUGGAAGGACUACGCACAACUGGACGAGUCGUACUUCUUCUCCCCGGACGGCUCACUGGUCAAGAACAAGCUCGAAGUGGCGGCCAUCACGCGCAACGACCUACUGGCCACGUUCACGUGCCAGGCGGCCAACAACAACAUCACCAUACCAGCCUCGGUCUCCAUCACGCUCGACCUGAACUUGAAGCCACUGGACGUCACAAUUCAGCCCCCCGAGCGUCCCCUGUCGGCCAACAAGGAGGUAGAGCUCGUGUGCUCGUCCAGUGGCUCGCGGCCUCCAGCCACGCUCACUUGGUGGAAGGGCGGCCAGCAGGUCCGCUCCGCAAGGGACUCCGAGGACACCGCCGGCGGUGCCGGAGGAGGAGGGGGUCUCAGCGCCAGCACUUCAGUCUUGCUGUUCACGCCAACGGUGGACGACAACAACCGCAUCCUGUCGUGCCGAGCCGAGAACAAGGCCAUACCCGGAAGCGCGCUCGAGGAAGGCUGGAAGCUCGAAGUCUACUAUACGCCGAUGGUGACGCUCCAGUUGAGCGGUAAGCUGAAGGACUCCGAGAUCCAGGAAGGCCGGGAAGUAUACCUGGACUGCAAGAUCGUGGCCAAUCCGUACACGACGGACAUCACCUGGCUGUUCGAGGGUCGCGAGCUCUCCGCCAACGCUUCGGCGGGCGUCAUAGUCAGCACCCAAACGCUCGUGCUUCAACGUGUGCAAAGGGCUCAGCGGGGGAGGUACGCCUGCGCCGCCACCAAUAAGGAAGGACGUGGUGUCAGCAACGACCUCUACCUGCGGGUCAAAUACGCACCUGUGUGCAAGACGCACCAGAAAUGGGUGUACGGAGCCUCCAAGCAAGAGACGGUGUCCGUGCGCUGCGAGCUGGACGCCGACCCCACCGAGACACAAUUUCGGUGGGUGUUCAACAGCUCGUCGUCCGGUCGGCGCAGAGACCUGGCGCCGCGGGACGUUUCUUCGAGUGGUCCCCGCAGCACACUGGCGUUUGCUGUGCGCUCGGACGAAGACUACGGGACGCUUCUCUGUUGGGGCACGAACUCCGUCGGCAUACAGCGAGACCCCUGCGCCUUCUCGAUCGUGCCCGCUGGGCCUCCGGACUCGGUAAUCAACUGUUCGCAAGUGAACGCCACCGAGGACGGCAUGUCCCUGGAGUGCAUAGAGGGCCCCUGGGAUGGCGGCAUGGCGCCACCCGUCUUCAUCGCCGAGCUGUACGACGCCGACUCGGGCACCAUGCGCGCCAACAUCACGAACCCACCCGGUGCGGGAGCGGCGUUUCUGGUGCGAGGCCUGCCAGGGGGCGCCACCUUCCGCGUGCUCGUGUACGCCGCCAACGGGAAAGGUCGCAGCGCCCCCUAUGUGCUCAUGGCCCACACGCUCAGGCCAGCGGAGAAGUUCACCGGUGUUCAAGGGAUGAUCGUUAUUAGGCCAUUUUUAGGAGUUCUCAUUGGCGUCGUCAUCGCUUUGGUCAUAGCCGCUGUCGUAGUCAUCAUCUUUAUACGGUGCAAGAAGCACGGAAGAAGCAAAGGGGCUGAGAAAGAGCAGAUGGAGGACAAGUCUAUGACCUUGCUGAAGAAAGACCCAGAUGAGUCCGUCGACUUGGAAGAAAAAGGUCCUGACAUAAUUCCUGCGACUACGGUUUUCUCUGGCUACGAUGCGGCUCACGAGAAAAUGGUUGCCCUGGCAUCGGGAAUGGACGCCUACACUGCCCAACUGCCACUGAAGGAAAGUCUAGAAAGCUUAGGAAACCAUAGAACAGCUUCGCCGAAGAAGACUGGGAAGUUGAAAAGCCAUAGCUAG